AUGGCAUCCAAAUCCAGUACCCUCUCUGCCACAUCACAAGAUCAAGAUGAUUCUUCUUCCCACACAAAAGAGAUUGUGAACAUGAAGGAGAAUGAAGAUCAAGCUGCAAACUCCAACUCCAUCAAGGCUACCGACUUCGUUAAGCUACCGCGAGACGAUUCGGUUUCCAAGUUAAAGAUGCAUGAGGGAAGUGCUUUUAGACCUUAUCAAUCUGGUUCAUCAUCUUCUUUGCCUAAUAAAAACAAUGAAGGCAAAGAAGAUGAGAACAAAAAACAUCAAUCCCCAAACACCAAUUCCAACAAGUCUUUUGAUUUCACAAAGCUAUCAAAAGACCACUCGCUUUGCAAGUCGAAGGUGCAAGAGCAUGGUUUCUUCAGCCCUAUUCCAGCCGGUUCAACAUCUCCUUUUCAACAUAAGAACAACGAAGGAAAAGGAGAUUCAAGGUCAUUUUCAUGCACCUAUUGCAAGGCAAAAUUUUCUACUGCACAAGCGUUGGGUGGGCACCAAAAUGCCCAUAGAAAGGAACGUGCAUUUGAAAAGCAAUGUCAACAAAGGUAUGAUCAAAAUCCUUUAGGUUUGGGGCAACCUCCUUCUUUUAACCCUUAUUUUAGUUAUCGUAGUACUCUUUUUACACCUUAUAAUUAUAGGCUACCCGGGGUUAGAAUGGAAUCAAUGAUUCAAAAACCACCUUAUACUAGCGCCAAAAUUACCCCACAUAAUGUCGGGUAUGGUCAUGGGACUUUGUGUUUGAAUGAUAUAUUGAACCCUUCUCUUGUUAGAUCGAGAAAUAAUAGAGGGGCUGGAAUUCUAGGGUUUGGUGGUGCAACUAGUUCAAAGAUUGAAGAUGGUAAUAAAAUUAGGGCUAUUCUAAAUUAUGGAGAUUCUUUUACAAAUAUUGCUUCAUGUUCAAACUCAAACAAAGACAAGGAAAUUAUCGUGGCUCCUACUUCUACCGCUGAUGAUAUUCAUAAUCAAGAGCCAAACAACGAAGAACACUCCGAUUCAGAGCCAAACAACGAAGAAGACUCCGAUUCAGAAUCCUCUGAGCUUGAUUUGUCACUCAAACUUUAA